AUGGGCCUCCUCCCACCAUUUGUAGGUGCCCUCCUCUUCACCGUCAUCCAGUUUUUGGUGCUGCUGUUCGUCGUUAUCUCCGUGCCAAUCUCCCAAAUCGAUUCCAAGCGCAGCAGAGCAUGCUACACCUUCUGGGGAAUGAAGUCUGACUGCCGCAAGGUACAUUACACGGCAAAGGGCAAGAGUGCAUUCGGCAACUGUCGCCAGCGUCUCAACAACAUGAGUAGUGGCGCCGCCUUCGCCAUUAUUUCCAUCUUCACGACGUUGGUGGCACUCGUCUUUGGCAUUCUGAUGCUCAUCCGGAUCUCCUGCGCGGUCGUCUUCCCGUUGAUCUUCACCUGCAUAUCUAUCUUCACCAUCCUCGUCAGCUGGGCUUGCGUGGCCGGCGCGUACACCAUCAAAAUGUGCGGUGUAAAGUGGUGUAGCUUUGCCUUCGAAUACGGUCCGGGCUUUGGGCUCAUGGUCACGGCGUGGUUCCUUCAGAUUGCCAACGUGCUGGUGUUGGUGCUCAUUUCCUUUUUCUAA